CUUUCCGAGCCAAGUCUGGACCUGAGUUUCCCGGGAAAGGGAGGGGCGCAGCCCGGGACCGGCGUGUGCGUGGGGCGCGUGCCCCGGAGUACCCCGCGCGCCCCCAGACUGGCCCUCGGUAGCUGGGCGGGGCUGCGGCGCCAACUUGCUCAAGUUGGCUGCGCGCUGGGACUCAGCUCCUCGGUGGCUCCUCCCCGGCCUCCGCCCACCUCCGCCGGCGGCCCGUGCGCGCCCCGCAGCCCGCACGCCCCGUCCGGACCCCGCUGCGGGGAUGGGCGCGCUGGCCCGGGCGCUCCUGCUGCCCCUGGUGGCUCAGUGGCUGCUGCUGCGCGCGGCCACGGCCCCCGCGCCCUUCACGCUGCCCCUCCACGUGGCCAUAGCCACAGCUCGCCCAGCCUCGCCGACCCCCGUGCCCGGAACCCCCGCGCUGCCCCGCGCUGAUGGCCUGGCGCUGGCUCUGGAGCCCGCCGGGGCCGCUGCCAACUUCUUGGCCAUGGUGGACAAUCUGCAAGGGGACUCGGGUCGCGGCUACUACCUGGAGAUGCUCAUCGGGACCCCGCCGCAGAAGUUACAGAUCCUCGUGGACACUGGAAGCAGCAACUUUGCUGUGGCGGGGGCGCCACACCCCUAUGUGGACUCCUACUUUGACGUGGAAAGGUCCAGCACCUACCGCUCCAAGGGUUUUGACGUCACCGUGAAGUACACGCAGGGCAGCUGGACGGGCUUUGUGGGCGAGGACCUGGUCACCAUCCCCAGAGCCUUCAACAGUUCCUUCCUUGCCAACGUUGCCACCAUCUUUGAGUCAGAGAAUUUCUUUCUGCCUGGAAUUAAGUGGAACGGGAUCCUCGGACUGGCUUACGCCACCCUGGCCAAGCCGUCCAGCUCCCUGGAGACGUUCUUUGAUUCCCUAGUGACACAGGCCAAGAUUCCGGACAUUUUCUCCAUGCAGAUGUGCGGGGCCGGAUUGCCAGUGUCCAGAUCGGGUACCAACGGAGGUAGUCUUGUCCUAGGUGGGAUCGAACCGAGUUUGUAUAAAGGAGACAUCUGGUAUACCCCCAUUAAGGAGGAAUGGUAUUAUCAGAUAGAAAUCCUGAAACUGGAGAUCGGAGGCCAGAGUCUUAACCUGGACUGCAGAGAGUACAACGCGGACAAGGCCAUUGUAGACAGUGGCACCACGCUGCUGCGCCUCCCCCAGAAGGUGUUUGACGCGGUGGUGGACGCGGUGGCCCGCACAUCUCUGAUUCCAGAAUUCUCUGAUGGCUUCUGGACAGGCGCCCAGCUGGCAUGCUGGGCAAAUUCGGAGACACCGUGGGCCUACUUCCCGAAGAUCUCCAUCUACCUGAGGGAGGAGAACUCCAGCCGCUCCUUCCGCAUAACCAUCCUGCCUCAGCUCUACAUCCAGCCCAUGAUGGGCGCCGGGCUGAGCUACGAAUGCUACCGCUUCGGCAUCUCCCCCUCCACCAACGCGCUGGUGAUCGGGGCCACCGUGAUGGAGGGCUUCUACGUGGUCUUUGACCGAGCUCGCAGGCGGGUGGGCUUUGCGGUCAGCCCCUGCGCAGAGACUGCAGGUGUCCCCCUGUCCGAGGUGUCCGGGCCCUUCUCCACCGACGGCAUCGCCAGCAACUGCGUCCCCUCCCCCUCGCUGAAUGAGCCAGUGCUGUGGGUCGUGUCCUACGCGCUCAUGAGCUCCUGCGGACUCAUCCUGCUGGUCCUCAUUGUCCUGCUGCUGCUCCCCUGCCGGUGCCGCCACGCGCCCCGUGACCCUGAGGUCAUCAACGAUGAGUCCUCCCUGGUCAGGCAUCGCUGGAAGUGAAGCCCUGUGACAUCAGGACCCCGCUCUUCUGACUCUGGGCACCAGGUGGCAGGGCUCCGGCGGGUUCUCCCUCCAUGUAUGCCUGGGACCCGAAGCUCAGUUCUGCUCCCAGAAACCUCCAUGGCCCCAGUGUCUUGAUUAGUCUUGAUUUUAAGCUUCCACUUUUUCUUUCCUACUUCCAAGAAAAAGAAAUGAUGAUGAUGAAAAUAAAAGAAACACGCCUUAUUAUAAACCAAACGGAGUGAAUUGGGCUUCAGCUUGCAGCACGGGUGAUGCAGACCCAGCUGUGCCACCCAGAGCAAGUGCGAGAGCCCGGGGCUGGUUAUCACUCCGGGCCGGAGCCCAGGGCACUGGGCUUCUAAGCCACUUCCCGAAGUCCGGAGUGCUGCUGAGAGAAAGCUUGGGUAUUCACUGCCCUUCAGGGUAACCUGUGACACCAGGCCAGGCCCCGGCAGCUCAGAAGGACGCAGAGAAAUGAGCCUGGAGGCCUCGGGGCUAGAGCCACCUUGCUGGCCCCCAGCCUCCGCAUGGGUCCCUGGACCCCUACUGGGGAGGCUCCCGAGUGAAGACCUCAGUCCAAAAGCACCAGCCUCUUCCACCAGGGGAAGGCUCAGCCCUCUGCAAAGGUGCAGGGACAGCCGAUCGCCAGCACCGACACUGCCGAGCCAUGGUCAGUGCCACUUUGUGGCUUUGCCGACGGCCCUGGGCACGCUGGGGUGCGGGCAGCCUGAUCCCACAACACUCCUCCUCCUGGCCCAACCUGGCAGGUGUGGCCACACGCACUCUUGCCCUAGAUUAAGUAGAGCUUCAGUGAGGGUCACAAAGUCUGUGUCACUAGUGUUGGUUCUGUCUCCAAAUCUUCCCUGCAAGUGGCUUGGUUCUUACCCUCCGGGGGUCAGAGGGGCUACCAGUUGCCCUGGCCUCUGACUGUCUGCCCUGGCCACUGCCAGUCAGGUAGACAGCUCCAAGGUGUGGCCUCAUUUCCACAUGUCCCCUCGCCCCCACCCAGGCUGGAGGGUGGCAUCUGAUCAUUCACCGAGCCCAGGACUUGUUCCCUUUGUGUACUCAGCUUUGGAGACAGGGUUUAGUGAUGUCCUUGUGUGGAGGACAGAGCACGGUGUUAUCAGUGGUCUUUGCCAAAGGAAGGUGGAGCCUUUCACCCCAUAUGUGGGCCCCCAAGGUGGUGCCCCUUCGCUGUGAGAAAUCUGAGCCCCUGAGCAGCAGGAGGGAACAAAGCAGUGAGGCCUGGCUGGUACUGUGUGGCAGGCUGGGGCGAGGUCCUCCUGGGAAUCCUGACGGCACCUGACCCGUGUUGUGUAUUCCAUAUCAGAUUUCUCUGCUUUAUAGCUCAGAUGCCACUGCAUGUGACAUUUGAAUGAGACACUUAAAUUACAAAAAUGUCCCAAAGCGGCAAGAAUGAGCUAAGCAGUUGAAGUGGGGUCAUUUUCCAGGUGUGCCUUGCCACCAGAAAUUAGAGGUGGAGUCAGAAGUGUGGUGGGGACGUGCAGCCUGCAGAGCUGCACCAGCCGGGCUUCCUCUGCUUAGCAGGGCGGUUUGCUUUGCUUGGCUUUGCUCCACUCCAGGGCAGUUUGCUUUGAAUGGAAAACAGAAUGGUGACCCUGAGGGAGUUGUUUCUCCUUCAGGGUCACCUGGAAAAUGCUGGAAGAAGGUGGUUUCUGGAAACAUCGUUGGCUCUGGCGGGAAAUGUGUGGCUUGAAGUGGACAGUCUUCGUUUAGAGAGGACGACUCGUUUUCUUCCUGAUCAUUUAUUUAGAGGUCAGAAAUGGAAUCCUGCCUUCAGGAGCUGAAGCUGUUUGUAAAAACAUCAGAAAUGAGCCCACUGGGUUUGAAAGAAGCCAGCUCGAAGCAUAGAGGAAAAAACAGUUGCCCUAUGUGAGCUGGGGACUGAGGUUCUGGGCUGUCUCGGCCAUGAGCAUUCGGAAGGACUUUGCCCGACCCAUCCUGAAACCCAGAGGUUCCGAAUGGAGGUGAAGUCAUCCUGGUCCAUAAACCGAUCAGAAUCAUGCAUGGAAUUCACAGCAAGAUGGCAUGAAUCAGUCCGCAGAGCUCGGGACUAGGUUUUGACAGGCAGCUGUGCUUGGGGCUACUGUUCUCUUGUAGGAGAGAGGACGAGGGAUUAUGUUGUUCCUUAAUUAAAAUUGGGGAUUUAUUCAGUUCCUCUCACCAGGUCUCCACUCGGAGGAGCGGCACCCGAGGCUUGGUCCUGAGACCUGACUUCUUGCCUCCCCACGUCCCUGGGAACAAAUGUCUGCCCAGGAGUCACCGGGAACACUUGAGUUCCCCAGCCUCUAUCCUUCUUACUGGAUUCCCACGUGGCUUCUCUUGCACAGACUUAUUAGAAUCAACUAGAGACUCCUUCAGUAUAAUGCCGCCACUAGAAUAUUUUUAAGGAAAAAACAAACACCAUAAAAUUUAAAUUGUGCAGUUUGCCAAGAAAAGUCCUACGGUUCCAGUGCCAGGAAAGCUCCUCACAGCAGCAGUGAUUUUGUACAUCUCUUUUGGGCUUGAAGGAUUUUUAGAUUUCAAUGUAAAGCAGUUUCAAAUUAAACACCAAUGCAGAAAAGUACGUUUUUACAGUUGAGCGGAAGAAAAUAGAAGGGCGGUAAAAAGUAUGCUAGCAAAAUAAGCAGGAUUGACUCCUGGGAAGCACUUUGAUUCCAGACAUCCGCAGAUUUUUACCUUUUUUCUUGUGUGUGGCUUUUUUUCCCCUUAAGUUUGCUGGAGGAUCUAGUGACGAUCUGAUUGAUUUCACAGGGCUACAAGCCGCAAACUUCAUGCCCGAGGAGCCCAGGGACAGCAUGGGGUGAAGCCCAAGGCAUCCCAGGGCCAGGUCCUUCCAGAGAGUGAAGGAUUGUGGGAACUCGGUAAAUCCCGAAGUCCCAGAGUGGGCAGAAAGGAGCCGGGAGAGAGCUUGCUUUCUUUAAUCUGCAGUGGUCACUGCAGUCCGGACACCCCAGACACCCCCGGGACACUGAUAAGCAACUCUCUCCAUGCCGAGCGCUUGGCACUUCCUGUUCUUUAGGGAUUCUCCCAAGGGACCACUGAUGACAGAGGAUGUGUGAGGCAUCUCAAAGCCGACCUUGAAGCAUAUUUGUGGCUGUGGUCAUCAGUCCAGAGGUGGCACCUGAACUCCCAGAGCAGGACAUGGGCCUCUGGCGUUGGCUUCAGGCUGCAGCCUGGAAAGUGUAUAGGAUGGAGGACAGAGAGGUGUCACACAGGUCCCUUUGGGGUCUAAGCAUCCAGGAUGGGGACUCCCUGCUGUCAGCCUUAACACUCUCCUCUCGGAGUGUUCUGAUGGGGUCUGGGAGGCCUCUGCGUGCAGCCACACUGCUGCUCAGGGUCAGUGCAGAGCCCAGGAGUCUGCACUGUGUGAGUUCCUGGAUGGGGCCAGGGCCCUGGGUCAGUGAGUGUUAGUGAGGGUCACUGGGGCCGCUGAAGACUUCUGCCACAGUGCGGGAGGGGGACACAGAGCAGAGCUGGCCCACAGUGAUGCUGUAUGUUUCCCAGGGUGGGUCAUCCAGUGACCUGGGUUCCUCACCCUGUGCUGGGAAGUCACCAUGCCAGCAGCAAAUGCAGCGGCCUCCCCCAUCCAGCAGCUGCCCUGGGUUCUCUUGUGAUCAAAUGUGACACUGGGACACCUGGGCCUUCCAGGACAUGCCACUCUGUGGUUUGCACAGUGCCUUUGCUUGAGAAAAAGACAUAGGAGGACCAUGAGACUUCCUGAUCAGUUCUGAUCUGGCCGUGGUAAUAGAUACGGGUCUCACCGAGAAACCACGGCAGCACCAGCGAGGGACGGCCCUGUGCCGAAGGAAUAGGAUUUGAGUGACAUCCGCCGGGAAGAGGAGGCUGCCACCCCCAUGGCUGGCAGGGGACCGUGCGCAGUAUGGUCAGGAAGUACGAUAGAUGUGUGGAAGUUGUCUUGCAGCCCACGAGUCCCAUCCCGUGGGGCCUGCCACUUCCCACAGCAGUUCUGGAGCCCUCUUUCCUGAGGGUCUUCAGCUGAGCUGCCACAGCUGCCCCAACAUCCUGAAUGGAUCCGAAACGUUUCCCUUUCAAGGUCAUUUGCACUUUGGAGAACCAGGAAGUCAUGGUGGCAGAUAUCAUGAAUAAGGCAGGGGAGGACACAGCGCCAUGUUUUCAGAUCUGUCUGUCAGAUGGCUCAGGGCAGCAGUGGCCUCACCUUAGCUCUGACCCCACCUCAUAAACACACUCAGGAAGGAGACCCCCGGAGCUGCUGUACGAGGCGCCCAUGGCAGGGGUGAGCUUGUUGGAAUGGAGGGGGAAAUGAGCAAAGCAAAGCAAGGAUCUACUCAUCUGUAUCAAAAUCACAAAAUAAAAUUUCUCAAAAGUGCACUUUCAUGGUCUUUGUUGAGAAGGGUGUAAGACCAGGAUUUGGAGUUUUCUCUUUCUGUUUUCUGGAUUACAAGUGUAAUGUCUUAUAGCAGCGACUCCAUACGAGGAGCAGCGGACAGGUUUGCUGACUCGCUGUUAUAUAAAUGUUGAAUUUCCUGUUUCAAUACUAUUAACUCACACUGUUCAGUAUUCCAGGCAUUAAGUGGGGCUACUUAGCUUUCCUUCAGGUGGCAGCGAGGUCCUGCCUCAAGCCAGACAACAAAUUCUUCAAAGAUCCCGAAAGCACUGCUUUGCAGAAUGUACUGUGUGUAUGUCGGGUUCGCCUGCUUUACAUGAUAACCCUCAAGUGUAACUUGUAUUUCUGAAAAACCUUAAAUGCCUUUUAUAUUUCCCUUUUGGGAGUCUGCUCUAUCUCCAGGACCCUGGAGUGGCUUUCACUAAAGUCAUGAUCAGAGCGAGAGGCCAGGUACAGAGGUGUCCUUCCACUUUAGAAGUGGCUGUGUAGCUGUGGAUGUUCAUCCUCACAAUCCUGCCCUUCAACACUGGAGUUUUCUAAAAUAAUCUUAUUUUUAUACCUGUAUGUUCCACUGAUUCCAGAUGUGUACCACUGAGAAGGAAAUAAACCAUGUUGGAUUAUUUGAAUAAAUACUACUUCUAA